UCUUGUGGGAAUUUUUCUCGCUUUGUCAUUUUUCCCUUUUGUUUCUUCCGUUAGCUCAUUGUUAUGUACACCCAAGGACGACUCCUCUGGAGAAGGGUCGAGACGGAGGAGGAGCCGGGAUCAAGUGUUAACCCGGAAGAAGUGAGCCAGGAAGUAAAAGUGAUCCCGUGUCUGUCGGUCUGAAAUGUAGCGAGUUACAGAAGGUUCCGACCUCAGUAAGGAAAGCUAACGUCUUUUUUCUUUUUCUUAGAUGCUGAGAUGAAUCGUCACCUGUGUGUUUGGCUUUUUAGACAUCCGUCUCUUAAUGGUCACCACCAGUGCCGCAUCCAGGCCCAUUCUUAUCAGUUUACACAGAUACAUCUUGAUACAAGACUGUGGGGUUUUAGACAAAAUAGAAAUCACAUUCUCCAUCAUCUAUUAAAUAAGAAUUGGUUUAGGAGAUAUUGUCAUCAAGACACCAGGAUGCUCUGGAAGCAUAAAGCACUACAGAAAUAUAUGGAAGGCCUGAAUAAGGAGUACCAAACACUUGAUCAGUGUUUGGAGCCUCUCUCUGUGACUGAAGGAGACCGAAGGUCCUUGAAUCGAAGGCGUGCUGAGUUGGCACCACUUGCAGCCAUUUACCAAGAAAUUAAGGAGGCUGAACAAGCAAUUGAAGAAUUAGAAUCAAUGUGUAAAAGCCUAAAUAAACAAGAUGAAAAGCAGUUACAAGAGCUUGUAUUGGAGGAAAGGCAAACCAUUGCUCAAAAAAUCAGCAUGUUAUACAGAGAGCUUUUCCAGAGUCUAGUGCCAAAGGAGAAAUAUGACAAAAAUGAUGUUAUUUUAGAGGUGACAUCUGGAAGAACAACUGGAGGUGAUAUCUGCCAACAAUUUACCCGGGAAAUAUUUGACAUGUACCAGAAUUAUUCAAGCUAUAAACACUGGAAAUUUGAACUUCUGAAUUAUACACCGGCUGAUUAUGGUGGGCUACAUCAUGCAGCUGCCCGAAUUUCCGGUGACAAUGUCUAUAAGCAUUUGAAGUAUGAAGGUGGGAUUCACCGAGUUCAGCGAAUCCCUGAGGUGGGCCUGUCGUCAAGGAUGCAGCGUAUUCACACGGGAACAAUGUCAGUUAUUGUCCUCCCUCAACCAGAUGAGGUAGAUGUGAAGGUGGACCCCAAGGAUUUGCGAAUAGAUACAUUUCGAGCCAAAGGAGCAGGAGGGCAGCAUGUUAAUACAACUGAUAGUGCUGUCAGACUUGUCCAUCUCCCUACAGGGCUUGUAGUGGAAUGCCAACAAGAACGAUCACAGAUAAAAAAUAAAGAAAUAGCUUUGCGAGUGUUGAGAGCUAGACUGUACCAGCAGAUUAUUGAGAAAGACAAGUGUCAACAACAAAGUGCUAGAAAACUGCAGGUAGGAACAAGAGCCCAAUCAGAGAGAAUUCGGACAUAUAAUUUCACCCAGGAUAGAGUCACUGACCACAGGAUAGCAUAUGAAGUUCGUGAUAUUAAGGAAUUUUUAUGUGGGGAGAAGUGCCUGGAUCAGCUAAUACAGACACUACUUCAGUCAGCAGACGAAGAAGCCAUUACUGAAUUUUUGGAUGAAAACCUUAAAUCAGCAAAAUAAAUGCUGAUUUAUUAUUUAUUAUUAUAUAAAUGAAAUGGACUCAUAUCAAGAAGCAGACUGAGGCAUGGAAAUCUUUAUGAAUGUUCAUAAACUACAGCCAAAAACACACAGUACUUACAAAUAUAUUUUUUAAUGAAUCAUCACAUUUCUUGACCUAAGAGUUUAUUUUAGGUUUCCUGUAAAGUAUAGUACAACUCUUCAAGUAGAAAACAAGCAUGUGUCGUUGAAAAGAGAACUAAAGUAUUGAGAAUUAAUUAGGUGAUUUAGGACAGGUCACUUGUUCUCUUUAUAUGCCUUUUUUUUUUUUUUAACCAUCUAUAAAUUAAUUUAAACACAUUUUUUAUCUGUUAUUUAAGGACUUUACUACCUGGUAAAAUUUAGUGAUAUAAGAUUUAUAAACUUCUUUGUAAACCCCUAUUUAAAGACAAAG